GAGCUCAUCCGAGACCACAUUGUUGUGGGGAUAUUGGACAAAAGGUUGUUGGAAAAGCUACAAUUGGAAGCCGAUUUGACCCUAGAAAAGGCUAUGAACUUAGUUUGACAGCAAGAAACGGUGAGAAAACAGCAAGAGUUCUUAAAGACGGAGGGAAAGUCCGUGGAUG